AUGAAAUUAAACUAAAAAUUAUUAGAAAGACUAGAUGAGUCUUUAGCUUAAAGUUUUCUUCUUAAAUACUAAGAAGAGAAAAAUAGAAAGGUUGCUCCAGAGGAAUUCAUCAGUGAUGAUUAUAAAGGAAAUUUUAGAGUAAGACAAGUUGGAGAUCGGCAAGAAAAUAUGAAGAAAAGCAAACUUGAUGCUAUGUCUACUGCCACAUCCAAUUUCUAUAAAGAGACAGCCACACCUAAUUCAUCUAAGCCUCCUUCCUCUAUUAAUACAUCUAAAUUAUUAGAUUAAAGUAAGAUCUCCUCACUAAAGCAAUCUAUUAUAUCAAACAGAAUUACAUCUGCUUAGCCAGCAAGACCUUUAAUGAUUAAAAAAUUGUAAAAGAAUACUGAAUAAUUAUAAAUUGAACCUAAAGAACAAAAACCUCCAAUAUUUGCAUUAAAAAGAUUGUCAUCUGCCAAAUAAUAACAAUAAGAUGAAGAAAAGUCUAUCAUAUAGAAUUAAGAAUCUAGUCUUAAUAAUUCUUUAGUAACUAAGCCUUCAAUAUUAAGAAGAUCUUCAUUGACAUCACAUGGAAAAAAAAUUGAAAUAAAAAAAGAGGAAGAAGUUGAAACAAAGAAAUUGUCUUUACCUAAAAAGUAAGAAUCUCAAAUAUCAGAACCUAUAUUUUAAUUUUAAAUUGCCAAAAAGAAAGUUGAUGAUAUGAUUUACGAUAUUAUGGAUAUAGAUACUUUAUAAGAAAUUACAAAAAAAAAUGAAGUAAAAAUAUAUCUCUUAAUUCUAGAGUUAGUUUGAUUAAAUUACAUCUAUUUAAUUUAGAUUCAAUACAAUGAAUGAUUCAUUAUAUAUGUUAGGAGAAUACUUAUAAAAUUUACAAGAACUUAAAUUGAAUAAUUCAUAAAUUGAAUCAAUGAGAUUAUUAGGAACUAAAUUGAGAAACUUAUAAAUUCUUUGGAUUAAUAAUUCUAAAUUAACUGAUAUUUCAGGUAUAAUUAUUAAAUUUAUCUAUUUUUUAGGAAUUAUGAGUAUGCCCAAUCUUGUAGAGUUUUAUUGUUCAUUCAAUAAUAUAAAAGACAUAAGUCCAUUGGCAUUUCAUGAAAAAAUAUCAAUUUUAGAUAUUGAAGGUAAUGAAUUAGCUGACGAAUCCUAAAUUGAUUAUUUAGAAUCUUUAAAUUUACAAUAAUUGUUUAUUAGUUCAAAUCCAUUAAUAAAAGAUGAUAAUUUGAGAGAUAAACUCCAUUAAAAAUUACAAGCCACAGAAAUCUAUAUUGAUGAUAAUGAUAUACCUACAGAAUCUUAGAUAAUUUCAGAAAAUAGUCAAAUCAAAUAGUUAUAUGAUAUAGCAGAAAUGAUGAAUUCAAAAUUUGAUGUAUUUUUAUUAAAUUAAACUUAGCUCAUAAAAGUAGAAGAUUUGAAAGAUUUAGAGGAGAAAGUCAAAAUUUAAUUAGACAAAGAUAUGUUGGAAGAACCUGAUGAAGAUAGAUUACUUAGUUUAGCAAUCAAGUAAAGGCCUAUUGAAAAGUCAAAAUUAAAACGACCAUAAACUGCAUAAGUUCAAUAAAAUUAUAAUGUAAUAAUUUUAUUAUAAAUUAUUAUUAGCCUGAUCCUACUUCAGAAUUAAUUGGAUUAGAUGAAGCAUUUGCAGGUAAUCCUAUUAAAGCAGCAAAAAAAAACAAAUAAAAUAGGGAACAAAUUUUUGAUCCUACUGAUAGAAAAAGUAUUGACAUAUAAACUUUAUUAAAUAAGUUCAAAUGA